AUGGCGUCCGUAGCACCCCCCAGACGUUUCAAGGUAGAACCUAUUGAAACCAGCACUUCAAGCUCCAAGGAACGAAAAGCAGAUUUGGAAGAAGGAUCAGCAACACCCCCAAGGAGGUUCGCUCCAGAGCCAGUCGAGACUACCACUAAAAGUAAUCGCAAGUUUGCUCCCGAACCUACCGAAACCACGCAAAGGACCAACCGCAAGUUUGCCCCAGAGCCGAUAGAAACUACAACAAAAUCAAAUCGUAGAUUUGCCCCAGAGCCGACAGAGACGACACAGAGGUCAAAUCGAAGAUUUGCGCCUGAGCCUGUAGAAACUACAACAAAGACUAACCGCAAGUCUAUCCCGGAGCCGGUUGAGAUGACGCAAAGGACAAACCGGAAGUUUGUACCUCAACCAGUCGAGACUACACAGUCGACUAAUCGUAAAUUCGCACCUGAGCCUAUCGAGACGUCACAGAAGAAAGUUCGUCGGUUUGCACCAGAGCCUGUAGAGACAAGUACAAGCACAAGUAAAAGCCGUCGGAAAUUUGCUGAAGACUGGGACGAGAAAACGUCGCCAAGAAGGUUCAAACCUGAACCACUGGAAACAACGGCAAGAUUCAACCGAAGGCAGCCACCCAGCCCAAGGAAGUUUACACCGCAAUUAAUAGAGACUGCACAGAGAUCUCGCAGAACAGGUGAUGCAACUCCGGCACUUCUUCCCUCUGACAAGACGGAAGCAACACCUGAGAGCAAUGCUAUUAGUGCUAGGAAAGCACGAAUUCUAGGCAUCUCGCCCACACCACCCAACAACACACCAACCAUCGAUUACUCGCAAAACCCGCUGUUCUUAGAGAUUCGGCGUGCGGAGCUACCUCCAUCUCGACGGAGAUCCUGGUUUUCCUGUUCGCAGCAUUCGUUUCGUGUCCCGGAUUUGGAGCCCAUUGAGUCCUCCGAAUCAGAAGCAUCGGUUCCUCCAUCACCUAGCGCCUCUCCUUCCUUGGCUCCAGAUCACUCCUUCAUGUACAAGGAAGCUACACGAAGAAGAGAAAGCGUUGACGACAGUUCUUCCGGUUACCUACUUGCCCUCGCCGCCAAAGCCGCUGAAAGUCAACUACGCGAACAGGCCAUGGCGGCUUUCCCCAACGACGAUUUUCAUGAGCCUGUCGAUCACUUCAUAGAUCAUGAGAGUGAAGAGUCCGAAUCGCAAGACAGGCGAGGCUCCUCUUAUAGUGAGGUGAAUUGGGAUCUGAAGGACAUGCGAGAAUACCAGGGCUUGCAAGAUUACGAAAAACGAAAGGCGGAGAGGCAAGCUGCCCGGUCGAAGCAGGCAGCAGAAAGCUCAAAGCCUGCGUUUAGUCCCUUCGGCAAUCCAGCUGGCUUCCUUGACGCUUCGGCUGCAAAGAAGAUGGUUCUAGAUCGCGAAGUGGAGCCUAUGCGGAAGGGCGCGCGACCUCCCAUGCUGGGAAAAAACAUCAAGUUUCCAAGAUGCGAAUCCCCCGAGCCAGCACGCUUUGACCCUACGCAAGGAUGUGAUGCGGUACGCACAGCGAUGUGCUAUUUAUCCGAGCAGAGCAAGGCCGCCGAAGAUGGAAAGGAGAGCUUGUGGUGUGGGAAAGGCAACGGCAAGCAAACGAGCACGACACCAUCUCUUUGGUCCACAGCCAACAGUCGUGCCUCCAGUACCCAUGGGCUGUGGGGUGGUAUGUGCGUUAAUGAUGGAGACAAGUCGCCAAGAGGACCUACUGGCAUCCUGACACCCAUGCACGAAAAGGCAAACCCCAUGUCGCCGAACCCAUCGCCAGCUAUGAGCAUGAGCCUCCUGCCACCUACACCUCCAGCCUCAUCAACCGAUUUUGGUAACAUCGAUGAGAAGCUUGCCAUUGAGCAGACCAUCGAAGAAGAAUUUGGUGACGACUUCGUCACUCAGGUUUACAACUACCUGUCGCUAGGCUACCCAUCUAUGGCACAGCCUUUUGACCCAGAGCUGUCCAAGAUUUCCGGCAUCCCUGUCUCUGAGCUAAGACAGGAUGAUCACCUGGCGAAGUCUCGAGGCUACAUUCGCCUGGGGAAGGAUGGUAAUCUCAAAGACGCUGAGAUCACCGAGGAAACGUGCACACGCUGGCGAGCACUCCGAACCUAUAUCCAGGAGUGGGCUAGGCAGCAUCCUAAGAUGAGCGAUGCGCCCCCUUUGGAAGGCCAUGGGGUCGCCGUUCGGAAAGGAAGUUGGGGACUUUGA